UCUCCCUUAUCCAGUGACAAGAGCCUCUCUGCCAUCACAAGCACAAAAUGGCUGCCACAUUUCAAUCUUAAGCUACCACCUUCUUCUCCAUCUCAUGGCAAUGGUGAAAUCAACUAUGACCUUCUCCAUGCCCAGGCCAUGCCUCCCCACUCCUACUCUUCAUUCAUCUAAACCAAAGACUUAUCAGCGUCCCAAGUGGAGCAUCAGCAACGGAAGAGCCUCCUCAUUCAAAGUGAAGGCUUUGCCUGAUUUGACUCUCAUGGCUGUCAUGGUAGAGCAUGCUUUUCUCCAGAGAGAUUUCUACGUUCAUAAGACUGUGUGGCAUCUCAGUGAUGAGGCUAUCAAGAACAUCUACACCAUUUAUAUAAUGUUCACUGUCUGGGGUUGCUGCUUCUUUGGAUCCACUAAAAGUAAGCAAACAUCAUUCAAUUUCUGAUUGGUUUUGGUUUUUUACUUU